AUGGAGAACACUGCGGAGAAACCAAGCGGCAACAAGGCCCCCAGCACCAAGAACACGGCUCAGCUCUCCAAGAUCCCACGUCAUAUGCUCUCCACGGUUCCACAUCAAAUCAUCACUCAGCAAGCGGAGAACACCACUGCAACUUGGCCUAUCAUCCCCACUACAUUAAUAUGGUACAUCACUGCAAUAACUUGGGCCUCUGCAGGAGGAAUAUCGAACGAUGCAUAUUUGGACGAAUUGAAAUCGUCCGAUGUCUACAGCUAUUUCAUUAUUCGAAAGAUUUCACUGCGGCAGGAGAUAUUGUGGGAUUCACACCACUAA